AUGCGUAGCACCGUCAUUACACAAUUGGAUCGAAAUAAAUCGUUAUAUCCCUUGAGAAAGGCCUUUAGCCGUUUGUCUGUUAUUGGUUUCGACACAAUUCCAGGUAUAGUUCCUCCAAAAGCAUAG